UGAGAAAGUUUUUUCUUUUAUCAUUUCAUUCAUUAUUAUCGCGAAAGAAUCGAAACGAAUCGUAAUAAUGAAAAUUUGGACUUUGAUAUCGGCCAUUAUAAUAUUAUGCUUGGCCGUAGAGCAAACUGAAACGGCUUCGAUUGUUUGCGAUGAUUCAAAUUAUAAAGUCAACAAGACGGAAAACGCUGAUAAUAAAGGAAUUAAGAAUUUCUUGCAUAGCAUACAAUGCUCAUUGGAAAAGGCCAAACCCUGGAUGGAUGAAUUGGAGCAGGAGGCGAAACGUUUAGAGGCGGCAGCAAAGCGUUUAGGUUUCGGUAUAUUGCAUACAUUUGGCGAAUUUAUGGAUAAAUUAGUGGGCGAUAUACAACAGACUGGUAUCAAGAAUGAAACUUUAAUCGAAACGGAAUUGACGCCAAAAGAAACAACUACAACACCUCGAGCUGUAACAACAGUAACAGCAAUUUACGCAUCCGACACCGAUAAUGAGAUAUCCGCUGUCGACGAUCGAUUGCAUUUGUGUCCCGAAGGAUUUGUUAUGGAUCAUAAUGGUUUAUGUGAACGUAUACAUAAGUGA